CCGGCCCCGGAAGCGGCGGCGGCGGCGGCGGCUGUCGCAGUGCGCGGCCGGAGCCAGCAGAGCCGCCGGCCCCAUCGGGCCGGGCCGGGCCGGGCCGGGCGGCACCAUGAAGGGGAAGGAGGAGCGGGAGGGCGGCGCGGCGGGGCCCGGGGCGGUGGGGCCGGGCGCGGGGGGCGGUAGCCCCGAGAAGAGCCACAGCGCGCAGGAGCACAAGGAGCAGGGGAACCGGCUCUUCGGCGGCCGCAAGUACCCCGAGGCCGCCGCCUGCUACGGCCGCGCCAUCAACCGCAACCCCUUGGUGGCUGUCUACUACACCAACCGAGCACUCUGCUACCUGAAGAUGCAGCAGCACGACAAGGCGCUAGCAGACUGCAAGCGAGCCCUGGAGCUUGAUGGCCAGUCAGUGAAGGCUCACUUCUUCCUGGGCCAGUGCCAGAUGGAGAUGGAGAACUACGAUGAGGCCAUCGCCAACCUGCAGAGAGCCUACAACCUUGCUAAGGAGCAGCGCCUGAAUUUUGGGGACGAUAUCCCCAGUGCACUGCGAAUUGCCAAGAAGAAACGCUGGAACAGCAUCGAGGAAAAGCGGAUCAACCAGGAGAAUGAGCUGCACUCCUACCUGACCAAGCUGAUUAUGGCAGAGAAGGAGAGGGAGCUGACUGAGUGCCGAAAGACUCAGCAGGAAGAAAACACGGACGAGAGCCGGAGCCGAAUUCAGCUGGCCAGCAUCGAGGCCAAACACGACAAAUACCUGGCAGACAUGGACGAGCUCUUCUCUCAAGUGGAUGAGAAGAGGAAGAAGCGGGACAUCCCUGACUACCUGUGCGGGAAGAUCAGUUUUGAGCUAAUGCGAGAGCCCUGCAUCACGCCCAGCGGGAUCACCUAUGACAGGAAGGACAUUGAGGAACACCUCCAGCGUGUGGGGCAUUUUGAUCCAGUGACGCGGAGUCCCCUGACCCAGGACCAGCUGAUCCCCAACCUCGCCAUGAAGGAAGUGAUAGACGCAUUUAUCUCAGAGAACGGCUGGGUGGAGGAUUACUGAGGGGCUAAGGGGGGGAAGUGCUGGCCCACCUGGGCACCCCUCCCCCCCCCAACCACAGCGGCACAGACAGCUCUUGCUGGGCUGGCACCAUGCCUUACUCGCUCUCCGGCUGUUCCCCUUCUGCUCCAGGUGCCCAGCAGCAGCGCUGGGCAGGGGCAUAUUGCCAUCUCCCCUUCCCAAGGAACUGCAGUGGCUGGGCGGGCACAAAGGCUCCCCAGGCUCCCCUCUUCACCAGCUCCUUGUGGAGCACCUGCCUGGCCCUUUGGAGAAGGCUGGCUUGUUGCGGUGGCCUGGAAAGUCUCACCAACAUCUUCAUCACCUGGAGAGCAGCAUCCCCCUUGGCUACAGAAGCUGACAAUCCUCAAAGAUCACGUCCUGUGCUGGGGAGGUGCUGCGAGGAGCUUGCCAGGACGAGUGCCUGGUGCUGGUCUGGCCCAGCCCAGUCUCCUCCCUGUGUAGAUAGUUGUUUCCUUCUCCUUCCAUCUCCUGCCUGGCCAGGGUCGUGUUCGCCUCAUUCAUGUAAAUAGCCACUUGCCAGGGUGGGAGAGCAACGUUCCUGCUGCAGAUGCCGACUUGCCCUCUGGCUUUUCCUGGGAAACAACUGCCCCCAGGCUGGAAGGGGCUGGCUCACGUGUCCCCUUGCCUACCGCGAGCAUGGUUUCCUGCUAACAACCACCUGGGUUAAAGUUCUUCUUCCUUUUACUGAAAUCCCUUUAAAAAAAAAAAAACCACAAAACGACAAACAAAACCAGCCAACAAAUCCAUGGCUGACUGAGCUCCAGCAUUUCGGUCGGCAGACAGCCUGCCUGGCUUUUGAGCACCCUCUGGAAGUUUGCCAAUGUUAAUUAAAAAAAUAAAAAAAAAGGUCAGCAAUAAA